AUGUCUAAACGAAAUUCCACCAGGCUCGCCAAUGGCUCGGUCCCUGCCACAGAGGCAGUUCCCAGCUAUCUGCUCACGGGCAAGGUUGCUCUUGUGACUGGAUCUGGACGAGGAAUGGGCCGUGAAACCGCUCUCGAACUCGCUCGCCGUGGCGCCGACGUCGUCGUGAACUAUGCCAACUCCUCCAAAGCCGCGGAUGAGCUCGUCGCCGAGAUCAAGGCCAUGGGCCGCGAUGCCAUUGCCGUCAAGGCCAACGUCUCCGAUGUCUCACAGAUCAUUGAAAUGUUUGCCGAGGCAAAGAAACACUUUGGCAAGCUUGAUAUUGUUGUCUCAAACUCUGGUGUCGUUUCCUUCGGCCACUUGAAGGACGUCACCGAGGAGGAAUAUGACCGUGUCUUCAACGUUAACACCCGGGGCCAAUUCUUCGUGGCUCGUGAGGCCUACAAGAACCUCGAGCCCUACGGUCGCAUCAUUCUGAUGGGUUCCAUCACUGGCCAGGCCAAGGGAGUCCCCAAACACGCCGUCUAUAGUGGAAGCAAGGGUGCCAUUGAGACUUUCGUCCGUUGCAUGGCUAUCGACUGCGGAGAUAAGAAAAUCACCGUCAACGCCGUUGCCCCCGGCGGCAUCAAGACCGACAUGUACCACGCCGUCUGCAAAGAGUACAUUCCUAACGGAGAGAACCUCAACGAUGAACAAGUCGACGAAUAUGCUGCCACUUGGUCCCCCAUGAACCGUGUCGGUAUGCCCAUUGACGUGGCUCGUGUGACUGCUUUCCUGGCCUCUCAGGACGGCGAGUGGGUCAAUGGCAAGGUCAUCGGAAUCGACGGUGCCGCCUGCAUGUAA